UUUUCACAUACGUUCGCCGGGCAGCUAGCGCUACUAUCCAACAUGUCGGCUACUCCUGUGUUCCCCAUGUGUGUGCGAGCGAGCCGGGCCCUGCUGAGGCUCAGGAGCGGGGCGGUGGGUGCCUCCUCCCCGGCUGUGGUGGAUAUCGUCCGGACACUCUCCACGGACAAGUCGCCGGCCGGAACGGGCAGCGCGACGGGCGGACUGGCUCAGGCUAUCCUCCAGGAGAGGCUCCAGCAGCAGCAGCAGAGUCAGGGCCAGCCUCCUCCUGAGGGAGGGGAGGGUGAGAAGGAGAAAGAACAAGACGACAAGAAGCAGAAGGAAAACACUGCCUACGCUAAGAAGAUGGUGCUACGGUUGGCGGGGCUCAUGGGAGUUGGAGGCGCAGUCGGCAUAGUCUACGUGUUCGGCAACAAUUCAGUGGACGAACAAGGAAAUGCGAUUCCAGAUGAGUUCGACAGAGAUCCUCCCGUCGUCCAACAGUUGAAAAGAACCUACAAAUACUUCAAGGACUACAGACAGAUGAUCAUCGAGCCGACGAGCCCGAAACUGCUUCCUGACCCUCUGAGGGAGCCGUACUACCAGCCUCCCUACACUCUGGUACUGGAGCUCACCGACGUCCUGCUGCACCCGGAGUGGUCGUUGUCAACAGGUUGGCGAUUUAAGAAACGUCCGGGCAUCGACUACCUGUUCCAGCAGCUCGCACCGCUCUACGAGAUCGUCAUCUUCACCGCAGAGACCGGCAUGACGGCGUAUCCUCUGAUCGACAGCAUCGACCCUCAGGGUUUCGUCAUGUAUCGUCUCUUCAGAGAUGCAACACACUACAUGGAGGGGCAUCAUGUUAAGGACGUGUCGUGUCUGAACCGGGACACCAGUAAGGUGAUCGUGGUGGACUGUAAGCGGGAGGCGUUCAGCCUGCAGCCCUUCAACGGCAUGGCCCUGAAGAAAUGGGACGGAAACUCAGAUGACCGGACGCUCUACGACCUCGCCAACUUCCUCAAGACCAUCGCUCUGAGCGGAGUGGAUGACGUACGUUCGGUGUUGGAGAACUACGCUCUGGAGGACGACCCCAUCGAGGCCUUCAAACGCAGACAGGCUCAGCUGGCAGUGGAGGAGGAGCAGCGUCUGGCCGAAAUCUCCCAGCAGAAGAAACAGGGACUCUCCCUCGGCUCCAUCGCUUCGCGGUUCUGGCGCUCCAAACAGCAGUGAGCCCCGCCCCCUCCCUCACACUUCCACCAAUCGCAGCCCGGCUCGCCAUCUGCGUCGAGGGGAGGGGCCAGAGGACAGAGAGUGAGAGGGGAGGGAAGUGGGGGUGGACCUGCAUACUGUAGCUGAGUGGACCCUGCAUCCAAUCAUGUCUCAGUGGGCGGGUCUGCGGUGUUUGAACAUUGGCCGUCCUCUGCACCAAUGAGAGAAGCACUUCCUGUUCUUGUUGGAAGCGGGGGCGUCGGCGGCCCCCUCCCUUUGGUCAUCCUGGUGUCACCUGAUGCGUAUCAAGCUGCUGAUUGGCUCAAAACAAACAAUAAAGAGACAGAGGAUCCAGGUCAGGAUGAACUCUUGUUGUUGGCGGUUUGGAGGCUGCUCUGAGAUCAGCGCUGCUAUCGCCACUCCAGCUCUGGUCGGCCCCGCCGCUCGCAGGAUCUGACCUGAGAUCAGCAGUGCUCUGUCCCGUACCUUCAGAAUGUGUAUUUAAUUUUAUUUUCUAUUCCUCUGUGUGUGUCAGACUGUGCUGCUGCAGACGGUGUUAAAUCAGAAAUAUUGUUUAUAAGAAAUAAAGAUAAACAAUAAGUAGUAUUGUUAAGAGUUUAUUCGAUAUGUGCGACUGUCUGGGUGUCCAGCGGUGGUGGCGUGGACGGGCGUUCGCCUCGGCUUGUGGCCACAAUGACGACUAACGGCAGCUGAGCUGAUGGUGGAGAGCAAGGACGAAUGAAAGCUGCAGUCUGAUCUCUUCCAUCAGUCAAAGGAUCAGUCUGGUGUUUCAGAUCCCGUCCCAUGUCGCAUUGUUAUGCGUUUCCUAUAUUCAGUCUUGUGCCUAAAAUGGACCAUCGCCAGAGUCGAGUCAAACCGCACUCCACCGCCUCCAGAGGUUUGAGGUGACAUCAGAUGGGCUUUGUAGUCAUCCAGAGAUGAUUCUUUGGGGACAUGGAGGUCUGUGGACAGAGAAUUAUUUCCCAAUAUGACAGAUUUGUUCUGCUCCGCCAUUUUUUUUUAUAUCUUUGUUGUCUCCGGCAGUCGAAUCUCGCUUGCUUUUCUCAGAUGAAAGAUGACUAACAUGAAAGAAACGCGGUGAUAUGUUUGGUCGCAACUCUAAAACUAUGGUCCUGUGUUGCACAGUGAGAGAGGUUCAAGGAUGGUCGUUGUCACAGUGUUGCGAUCAAAGACAGCCUGGGAUAAAAUUCUGACAGUGAUGCACUGAUCAGCACGACAAUGCUAAAUGCUAGUAGAUGCUAAUAAAUACACUCAGAGCUGUCGUUGGAAAAUGGGAAUGCAAUGUGGGCCUCUCUUCCACAGCCACGACCGCGUCCACAUUCUCCCUCUCCUCUUCUUCUACAGACUUUGCUGACAUACAUAAGUGCCCUGAGGGCGUGUUUAAUUCUUUUGGGGAAAUUAUAAAUGAAUCCUCUGAUCGUUAGUCGUGUCAUCUCCCCUCCAAACAUCUGAAAAGAGACGGGAUCUGAGAGCUCAGCUGCCAUUCGUCUUCAUGUGCUUGCUGAAGAUUGUGUGACUCGUGCUGAUGUGAACUCACCAUCAACGUCCUCAAUAAAGGAAACAAACCAACAUGUUGUUAGUGCUUAUUUAACAGUCUUGAACGCAGCUUUUUUGUUCUCGUAAAUUCAGCCUUUUUUGACCAAAGUUCAUUCCUCCUAUCAAAGUAUAAAACAAUGGAAUCUGCUGCUCAACACGAUCGAUUCCCAGUCCUCCCAGUUAUAUAGUUUUAAUUACUCCUGACUCCAGUUUUUCCUUCACUGUUUACAACCUUUGAAUUUUUUCCCCAGUUCCUCCCUAAAACUGAAUUUCCCCUCGUUUAGGAUGCUUCCUGAAAACAACCAGAUUUUAAAAUAUUCUUUCACUCAAACCAGAUGUUAAAUAAUUUAAAUACAGUGGAAAUAAAAAGUCGACACAUGCCUGUUAAAGUGUGAGGUGUUUGUGAUGUUAAAUCUGACCAAGAUGAAUCAUUCAAAACUUUGUUUUUACCUUUAAUGUGACAUGUAGCUGUAAGGUUCAGCUGAAAAACAACCAAAUCUUUCAGGGGGAAAUAUAUAAAAACAAAACUAUAAACUUAUAAUGACCUGGUUAGUUAGUGUGACUAACACUAAUACUUGGUUGAAGCUUUUUGAUCACAUUACAGCGUUCAGUCUUUUUGGAUCAGAGUUAAUCAGCAGGCAGCAUCAUGACUUCACAAUAUUUUCACAUCUUCCUGGCAGAAGUGCUCCAACUCUGUCAGACUGCGAGGGCGUCUCCUGUGCACACCCCUCUGCAGGUCACCCCACAGAUUCUCAGUUGGAUUUAGGUCUGGGCUCCAAAACUUGCCGUUCUUUUGUUAACUUGGAUGUUUGUUUUGGGGGCUGUUAAAAAACACAUUCAUUUUGAUUAAAUAAUCACAGAAAAAUAACAUGUUAAAAAAAAUGAUGAAUCUCGCACCGCGGUGCCCUUUGACCUGGUGCGUCAUUGAAGGCCACAGUGUCUUUGUCACAUGAUGGAGGCAGAUGCGAUGACGCUGCUCGGCCCUGUGAAUGGAACAUUUACAUUGAAGAAAUGCCCAGACUGAACUGUUGAUAGGAGCACUGUUCUCUGCAGGUUAAGUAAGGAAUUUUUGUACAAUCGAAGAACUUCAAACCUGAAAUAUCACCUCAACACAAAGCAUUUAGCAGCGAACUCGGAUGUCCAAGCUAGCACAGCCUCUGAUGCUAACCCCCAAAUUCCACCAGAUGCGUGUUGGUUGCGUCUGCGCUCCAGAACAGCAGCGGAGCCGAUACGUUUCACUUCUAGUCAAUGUGUCACAGUCCGUCACAGCUCAUAGAAGUCGUGCACAGAAACAAAAUAAAACAUCCGGUUAAUUUUCAAAAUAAAAUACACAGUCUUCACGGCGGAUCAUAUUUCCCUUCACUACACCUUGAAAACGUCAUAAUG